AUGGAUGCAAUGAAUACCAGAGCGAUAUGCACGCGAGCUCGAAUGAUUCCGGAUAUGAUCACAUUCGUUUUCAGGUUUUCGAUGAUUUCAUUAAAGCCAUCAACUGUAAGAAAUGAAAGGAUGAGCAUAUCAUCGCAGCCAUUAACACCAUUGAUAGAUUUCGGAGAACCAGAAGAAAAACGAACUCGGCGUAAGCCAAAUUUCACGGUGCAAGAGAGGAUGCAUCUUGCCCAAUCAUAUGUCGAGAAUUAUGAAGAGUAUAACCGGGCAAGUCAUUUACGAGCUACUGAAUUAGAGGGAGUAUUACUGGUAUCCGCAUAUUCGGAAAAAGACCCAUCCUGCGCUGAACAGUGCAAAUCAGGCUUUACACCUACAACGAAAGGGGAAGCUAAAAUUGGACGUCAACGUUUGCUCGAACGAUGGGCUGCUGAGCUAUCCAGUUUUGGUAUCGUUGAGCGAACGCCAGUUGAAGUUGAACAGAAAAUAAGAGAUUAUAUGAAAAAAAUAGCAGCGAAUCGAAAACGAGCAGUGAAAAGGCCUAUGAGUCCUCCAUGUCAAUUGAUAAGUUCCGUUGUAUCGGAAAACUCCACAGUGGACGAUUCAACAACAGAUGAUUCACUGACCGCAUAUGCUGGCUUUCUGCUAGAACAGCAUAGAGCAACUCAAAACGAUUGCACUGAGUUGGUUAUUUAA